AUGGCUGAGCACCGCAAGCAACUCCACCGAACAGAUAACAUGAAGUAUUUCUUCCAUGAAAAUGGUCCCUCCACAUCAAAAGUUGUUACAGUCGCCACGCUCCUUCCUAUCGGUGGCACCCUUCUCUUGCUUUCUGGUAUGAGCUUUAUUGGAUCUCUCAUAGGCCUUGCUAUGGCGGCGCCAAUUUUCCUGACUUUCAGCCCAGUUUUGGUCCCUGCUGCUCUUCUCAUUGCCGGUUCUGUAGCCGGAUUCUUGACCUCUGGAGCUUUCGGGAUCACUGGACUUUCAUCGCUGUCGUGGAUUGGGAAUUUUGUCCGGGGCUAUAUGUAUCAGCAGCUGCAGAAUAAGAGCCAGGAUCCAAGCCAUCUCCUUCACUGCGCCCAGCUUCCUUCGCCUCCAACGUCGUCGCAAAUUUACCUUGAUUUUACAGUUCUUGUUGAAGCAGAAGGAGAAAUUUUAGACAACAUCGAAAGUCAGGUUUCAACUGCAGUCAGUAAUGUCCAGUCAGGGACGGUUGCCCUUCAAAAAGCAAAGAAUCGACAGAAGAGUACACGAAAGAGGAUGUGCAUCGCCAUUUUGAUUCUCCUAAUCAUAGUUGAUGUUAUAGUUGUUGGAGUCCUUAAACCUUGGAAGAGCAGCUAA